AUGGAGCGCAAGUACCAGGAAGAGGUGAUGGGCGAAAUGGGGCGCACGUACCAGAACGAGAUGCUGCGCGAUGUGAGCACUGGGUUGGAAAGGAUGAAGGAGAUAGCCAUAGCCAUGGGGACCAAGAUCGACGAGCAAAACGAGGGCCUAGAGCAUCUGACAGACGAUGUCUCGGAGGCCAACAGCAUUGUGAGGCAGGCCAAGAAGCGCGCUGACGACCUGCUGAAGAAGCGCUAG